AUGGUGAGAGACUGCAGACAUGGUACAGAAGAUGGUCAGGGACUGCAGACAUGAUACAGGAGAUGGUCAGAGACUGCAGACAUGAUACAAAAGAUGGUCAGAGACUGCAGCCAUGAUACAGGAGAUGGUGAGAGACUGCAGCCAUGAUAGAGGAGAUGGUGAGAGACUGCAGCCAUGAUAGAGGAGAUGGUGAGAGACUGCAGACAUGAUACAGGAGAUGGUGAGAGACUGCAGACAUGAUACAGGAGAUGGUGAGAGACUGCAGACAUGGUACAGAAGAUGGUCAGAAACUGCAGACAUGAUACAAGAGAUGGUAAAGAUAUGCACAAGACAUGGUCAAAGACUGCAGGUG